AUGAAUGACAUCUACAAAGCAGCGGUAGAGCAACUAACAGAAGAACAGAAAAAUGAGUUCCGAGCGGCGUUUGAAGUGUUUGUGCAGGAUGCGGAGGACGGCUGCAUCAGCACCAAGGAACUGGGGAAGGUGAUGAGGAUGCUGGGACAGAACCCCACGCCAGAGGAGCUGCAGGAGAUGAUAGACGAAGUGGACGAAGACGGAAGUGGGACGGUGGACUUUGAGGAGUUCCUGGUGAUGAUGGUGCGAUGCAUGAAGGACGACAGCAAGGGGAAGUCUGAAGAGGAGCUGGCGGAGCUCUUCCGGAUGUUUGAUAAGAAUGAGGAUGGCUACAUUGACCUUGAGGAGCUGAAGGUCAUGCUGGAGUCCACGGGUGAGGCCAUCACAGAGGAUGACAUCGAGGAGCUGAUGAUGGACGGUGACGCUAACAGAGAUGGACGCAUCGACUAUGACGAGUUCCUGGAGUUUAUGAAAGGGGUGGAGUAACCAUGGCGAUAUUCAUCAACAAAUACUUUGACC